UCUGCCUCUGAACUUCAAGUGCUUGUUAGAUACAUUCUGCAGAUGCGACUGGCCACUUCUGGUCGUUAUCUAGUUGAUAUGAUGGAAAGGUUGAUUCUUACAGAGGAUCUGGCCUCAGAAGAUGUCUCCCUAGCACCAUUUGUCGAGAUGAACAUGAGCAAAGGUUGGGAGUGCUUCAAUCCAAGUGCCCUUGGGAAAGAUCUUGGCUACCUGCUGCUGGUUAUUCUUCUAUUUUUUGGUUUCAGUUCCAAAAUUUAUUCAAGUCACAGGCAAAGGAGAAUGAUGUUUCAAAAGCUGGACACAAUAAAGGGCAAGGCGUAAGUGGGCAGCAUCAUGGGCCACAUGCCCUGAGGAUAUUUUCUGUUGGAGCAGUAGACAGUUCAAACACUUUCUAUGCUGAAAGUUUCUUCAAGAGGAUGGUGUUCUCACCCUUGCAACUAGCAAUUCUUCCUCUUUGCCAUUUUCAGGGUGGAAAUAAAGGAAGGAAGGUGGCAUCACCUCACUAUUGUGCAUAGCAAACCAAAUGCGCUGGCUGGCCUCUUUUAGCCUAGCUUUGCUUAUGCUUACCUCAAUGGAAAGUUAAGAUACACAGUUAGAUUAGGAUAUUCUCCUUCUCCAGAUGGCAAGUCUUUGCAGGAGAUUAUUGGUACUCCGAUUGCGUGUGUACAGAUUAGUGACUUGUCAUGGAAGCUUAGAUCUUGCUAUCUUUUUGAAGUAGUUCUUUCCCCUGGUUCGAUUUGCUUUAUGUAUAUUCUUGGGCGAGGGUAUAGGGGUCUCUUCCAGGACAAAGAUUUGCUGCAAUUUGUUCCUAAUCAGGCUUGUGGUGGUGGUAGCAUGGUAAUUUUAGGUUCUUUGGAUGCCGACUUACCUUUGGCUCCUAACCCGCAAAAGCCAAAUAAUGUAGGAAAGUCAGGGAGUGUUCAGUGUAACCGGAGUGGAUUUGUUUGGGAUUUGGACAAAUUAGGGAACCUCUCCCUUCAACUUUCUAGUAAGAAGCUCAUUUUCGCAUUUGAUGGGACAAGUACAGUGUUGCUUCGAGCUUUUGGAACAUACUCUGUGCUCAAUCUGGUUGAUCCAAUGUCAGCUGCUGCUUCUCCUAUUGGAGGCAUACCACGCUUUGGACGACUUAUUGGGUAUCUAUAUUUGCAAGCAUUGUGUUAUCGGUGAGACAAUCUGUCCCAUUGGUGGCAUGGCUGUUAUUCUAGCUCUUGUAGAAGCAGCUGAAACAAGGGACAUGCUGCACAUGGCUUUGACAUUACUUGCUUGUGCUCUUCAUCAAAAUCCACAGAAUGUUAGAGACAUGCAGAAUUACAGGGAAUACCAUUUGCUUGCUCUCUUCUUGCACCGACGAAUGCCAUUAUUUGACAUGCAAUUGCUUGAAAUCUUUAUCCAGAUUGCCGCAUAUGAGGCUUCGUUCUCUGAACCAAAGAAGUUCUAUCGUUCCCGAAAGACACUGCCUCCUACCACGUCUGUCAAUGAGGGAAGCAUUGAAGACCUUACUUUGUCCAAAUUCAGGAGUUGGAUCUCAUGGAAACAUGGAUGAUUUUUCUGUACCUAAAGAUUCCUUGAGUCAUAUUUUUGAGCUUGAAAAUACUGAAAUGCCAACUGAGACAUCUAAUGGCAUAAUUCUUUCAAAUGCCGAUAUGGUUGAGGAUGUUUUGUUGGACUGGACUGUUUGGGUGACGACCCCAAUUCCAAUACAGAUUGCUUUACUGGGCUUCCUUGAGGAUCUGGUUUCAAUGCACUGGUAUAGGAAUCAUAAUCUGGCAAUUCUGCACAGAAUUAACCUUUUUCAACAUUUACUUGUAACCUUACAAAGAGGUGAUGUGGAAGUACCGAUGGUAGCAAAAUUAGCUGUAUUGUUAGGUGUUAUAUUGGAAGAUGGAUUCUUAUCCUCUGAACUAGAGCUAGUGGUUAGAUUUGUGAUCAUGACAUUUGAUCCACCAGAAUUAACUUCAAGGUAUCAAAUUACGAGAGAAUCUAUGGGAAAGCAUAUUAUUAUAAGGAACAUGUUGCUUGAGAUGUUGAUUGAUCUACAAGUGAUGAUAAAAUCAGAGGAUUUGCUUGACCAGUGGCACAAAAUUGUUUCAUCAAAAUUAAUAACUUAUUUUCUUGAUGAAGCUGUACAUCCUACAAGUAUGAGGUGGGUUAUGACUCUUCUUGGUGUGUGCCUUGUGUCUUCUCCAACAUUUGCACUUAAAUUUCGCUCAAGUGGAGGCUAUCAAGGUUUGGCAAGAAUUCUUCCAAGUUUCAAUGACUCCCUGAUAUAUGUUUUGUCUUAUUUUUGGCAAACGGAAAUGAGAAUGUUGCGUUGGAUGUGUGGACUUACUAGAGGGGACAGAGUCUGAAAUGAGAUUAUUCGGGAGAAGGUGGGAGUGACGUCGGUGGAAGACAAGGUGCGGGAGGAAAGACUGAGAUGGUUUGGGCAUGUGAUGAGGAGGGGCAUGGAUGCCCCAGUUCGUAGGUGUGAGAGACUAGCUUUGGAUGGUUUCAGGAGGAGUAGAGGUAGGCCGAAGAAAUACUGGAGAGAGGUGAUUAGACAUGACAUGGAGCUGUUACAGCUUACUGAGGGCAUGGCCCUAGAUAGGAAGGUAUGGAGGUUGCGGAUAAGGGUAGAAGCCUAAUGCAAGGGUGGGUUAUAUCUUGUAGCUAGGGAGCUCUUGCGUAGCCAGGUUAGUAACUCUAGGACUGUGUCCAUUGGUAGGAGCUGCUAGUGUAUACUAUUACUAGGUGGGUGUCCUUUUCUUAUUUCUUAUUUUCAUAUUACUCUUAUUUUUGUGUCUCUCGUAUUUCUAUUUUUAUUACUCCUUAUUUCUUAAUUCGGUUAUGCCACCAAUCCUAUUUUCGUGUAUUACUUUGAUCUUGCUGACUAUUCUUUAUCUUGAGCCGGGGGUCUAUCGGAAACAACCUCUCUAUUUCUUCGGAGGUAGCGGUAUGGACUGCGUACAUUUUACCCUCCCCAGACUACACUUGUUGGGAAUUCACUGGGUUUGUUGUUGUUGUUGUUGUUAUUUUCGGCAAGCCUGUGUACCCAAGACUGCCUGAAGCUCGGAUGCUAGAUUUUCAUGCCCAAAUGCCAAGUGGUGGCAUAUAUGGAGAUUUGAAAUUUACUGACCUAUUGGAAUCUGUGAUUGCUAUGCCAAAGGCAACUUUUGAUAGGUUGUCUAUGCAGUCAAUGCUACCUUUCCCAGAUCAGGGCUGGAGUUGUGGCAGAGCUGGCAGACGAUAAUACUGACAUAAUUGUAGAGCUUCAGGGUGAAGCCCUUAUGCAUAAAACUUAUGCAGCAUGGAUGAUGGGUAGUGAGGCUUCAACACCUGCUGCUGCCACCUCUGUCCUUAGGUUCAUGGUUGAUCUUGCAAAAAUGCGUCUUCCUUUCGCAGCUGUUUGUCGAAGAGCAGAUUUCUUGAAAGCUGCAUCGACCUUUAUUUUUCUUGUGUCUAGUUCAUUUGAAAUUUCUUUCCUGUAUGCCUGUAGUUAUUUUAUAUUUGACUAUGUUGAAGGAAUUCUUUGCUUAUUUUUUAUUUUUUGUGUUCUCCAACAUGUAGGGCCGCACCAGCUGUGAAAUGGCAAAAAGUUUUCUGUAACAUUGGAAGAGAAGAACUUAAAUGAUGGUGAUGAAACUAGCAGCUCCCAUAAUACUUUUUCUAGUUUGCCUCACAAACAGGAACAGUCAGCCAAGACCUCUAUAAGUAUGGAAAGCUUUCCACAGGGACAGACUAGUACAAGCUCUUGAGAUAUGCCAAUGAUGCUGAACAAUAUAACAGAUAUUGAUGUUACUUCAUCGCAACCAGGUUUUGAGUCUGCUGCAUCUAGCACUGAAUUAGAUUUCUCUCUUGAGACGAAAUCCGCUUCUCAAGGACAAUCUUCUGCAAACAUAAUGUUUGUGAUUGGUUCAAAUUUGCUUCUUGAGGUGGACGACUGUGGGUAUGGUGGAGGGCCAUGCUCCGCUGGAGCUACAACUGUUCUUGAUUUUAUGGCGGAAGUUUUGUCUGGUGUGGUAACUGAACAAGUAAAGGCAGUACCUGUCAUCGAAGGUAUCUUGGAGAGUGCUCCUUUGAAUGUUGAUGCUGAAUCUAUCUUGGUAUUUUAGGGACUGUGCCUCAGUAGAGUGUAUACUGAACUUCCUCGAAAGGCGUCUUUUGUGGGAUGAUGAGGAAGAUGAGAAAAAGCUGGAUAAGGGCCAUUGGUCCCUUAACUUGGAAACAUUAUGCUAGCCGAUAGUGGAUAGAGCUAUAUAUGGGUGCUUUUCCAUGGCAUGCUGGUGUACUGAAGACUCUGGAGUUCGUAUUAUCUAUGCUACAAUUGGCUAAUAAGGAUGGGCGUGUUGAAGAAGCUGCCCCAACAGGGAAAGAGAUCCUGUCUAUUGGUAGAGGAAGUAGGAAACUGGAUGCUUAUGUACAUGCGAUUCUGAAAAACAUGAACAAAAUGAUUUUAUUCUCUUUCCUCCCAUUGUUCUUGAUAACCAUUGUAGAAGAUGAACUACUUUCUUCUAAAUUUUUGCAAGUGGAGCCAAAGAAAGAGUGCCCUUGGACCCAUCCUCGGAGGAUAGUGGAAUUGAUGUUUGCACAGUGUUAACAGUUGCAAGUCGCUAAUAGAAGGAUAAUAUUUUAUCCCAGCAACAUUGACACUGAUUUAAAUUGCUGUCUUUGAAUAAAUCUAAUUUCUCUUCUUUGCGUUCACAGGCUUCAUGCUCAGAACAUGGCUGUUGAUAUUCUCAAGUAUCUCCUGGUUCACCAAAGGGCUGCACUUGAAGAUUUUCUUCUCUCUAAACUGAAUAAAGGACCUCCUUUGGAUGUUCUUCAUGGUGGGUUUGACAAGCUCUUAAUUGGAAACUUAACUGCAUUUUUUGAGUGGCUUCAUAGUUCUGAACAUGAAGUUUAAAGUGUUAGAGCAGUCUGCUGCCAUUAUGUGGGUUCUGUUUUGUGGAAUAAGAUGAUUGAAUAGUUUCAUUCACACUUUUCUCUGUCAUAUACA